AUGGCCUCUGCGUGCUCUUUUCACGGCGUAACCAGACAAGCGUUCCUAUCUCCCAACAUUAUAUUUGUAGCCAAAUUCAAUGAUAUUAUGCCAGACGCCCUGCCUGGAGAUUUCGAAUCAUACUUCACUUCCGACUAUCUCAAAGAAGCAGACCAAGCACCUCCAGAUGCAUCAGAACAAAUGGCCGAAGAUGAAUCGACGAUGAAUAUUGGUGCAUCACUGCUUUUCAUUGUAGAUUAA